UUGGACUGUUUUCCGCUCCCUGGCAGCAGCUGGACGCGCUCAGGCUGCUCUGUGCUCGGAACGCGACACGAUGGGGCUUCCUGAGGAGCGGGGCCGGAGCGGCAGCGGGAGCCGGGAGGAGUCUGGAGGCCGGGGCCGGGCGCGGAGUUGGUCUCCGCCGCCCGAGGUCAGCCGCUCGGCUCACGUCCCCUCGCUGCAGCGCUACCGCGAGCUGCACCGGCGCUCUGUGGAGGAGCCGUGGGAGUUUUGGGGUGAUAUUGCCAAGGAAUUUUACUGGAAGACCCCAUGCCCUGGCCCGUUCCUGAAGUAUAACUUUGAUGUGACUAAAGGGAAAAUCUUCAUUGAGUGGAUGAAAGGAGCAACUACCAAUAUCUGCUACAAUGUGCUGGAUCGAAAUGUCCAUGAGAAGAAACUUGGAGAUAAAGUUGCUUUUUACUGGGAGGGUAAUGAGCCAGGAGAGACCAACCAGAUCACAUACCGAGAACUUCUGGCCCAAGUGUGUCAGUUCAGCAAUGUUCUCCGUAAACAGGGCAUUCAGAAGGGUGACCGGGUGGCCAUCUACAUGCCCAUGAUUUUGGAGCUCGUGGUAGCCAUGCUGGCCUGUGCCCGCCUUGGGGCUUUGCAUUCCAUUGUGUUUGCAGGCUUCUCUGCUGAGUCCCUGUGUGAACGGAUCCUGGAUUCCAGUUGCAGCCUUCUCAUCACUGCAGAUGCCUUCUACAGGGGGGAAAAACUUGUAAACCUGAAGGAGCUGGCUGACGAGUCCCUGGAGAAGUGUCGGGAGAAGGGUUUCCCAGUGAGAUGCUGCAUUGUGGUCAAGCACUUGGGCAGAGCGGAGCUUGGCAUGAGUGACUCCCCCAGCCAGUCUCCCCCAGUUAAGAGGCCAUGCCCAGAUAUCCAGGGUAAGCUGAAAGAGAAAUCCAAGCGCAUCCAGCCCCAGAUCUCCUGGAACCAAGGGGUUGACUUGUGGUGGCAUGAACUCAUGCAAGAAGCAGGAGAUGAGUUUGAGCCUGAGUGGUGUGAUGCUGAGGACCCACUCUUCAUCCUGUACACCAGUGGCUCCACAGGCAAACCCAAGGGUGUGGUACACACAGUUGGGGGCUAUAUGCUCUACGUGGCUACAACUUUCAAGUAUGUGUUUGACUUCCACCCAGAGGAUGUGUUUUGGUGCACAGCAGACAUUGGUUGGAUCACUGGCCAUUCCUACAUCACCUAUGGGCCACUGGCAAAUGGUGCCACCAGUGUUUUGUUUGAGGGGAUCCCCACAUACCCAGAUGUGAGCCGCCUGUGGAGCGUCGUGGACAAAUACAAGGUGACCAAGUUCUACACAGCACCCACGGCCAUCCGUCUGCUCAUGAAGUUUGGAGAUGAGCCUGUCACCAAGCAUAGCCGGGCAUCAUUGCAGAUUCUAGGUACAGUGGGUGAACCAAUCAACCCUGAGGCCUGGCUAUGGUACCACCGGGUGGUAGGCGCCCAGCGCUGCCCGAUUGUGGACACCUUCUGGCAAACAGAGACAGGUGGCCACAUGCUGACUCCACUUCCCGGAGCCACACCCAUGAAGCCUGGUUCUGCUUCCUUUCCAUUCUUUGGUGUAGCUCCUGCAAUCCUGAAUGAAUCUGGGGAAGAGUUGGAAGGUGAAGCUGAAGGUUAUCUGGUGUUCAAGCAGCCCUGGCCAGGGAUCAUGCGCACAGUUUAUGGAAACCACCCACGCUUUGAGACUACCUACUUUAAGAAAUUUCCUGGUUACUAUGUGACAGGAGAUGGAUGCCGGCGGGACCAGGAUGGCUAUUACUGGAUCACUGGCAGGAUCGAUGACAUGCUCAAUGUGUCUGGACACCUCCUGAGUACGGCAGAGGUGGAGUCAGCACUUGUGGAACAUGAAGCUGUUGCCGAGGCGGCCGUGGUGGGCCACCCUCAUCCUGUGAAGGGCGAAUGCCUCUACUGCUUUGUCACUCUGUGUGAUGGCCACACUUUCAGUCCUACCCUCAUUGAGGAGCUCAAGAAGCAAAUUAGAGAAAAGAUUGGCCCCAUUGCGACACCAGACUACAUCCAGAACGCGCCUGGUUUGCCUAAAACACGGUCAGGUAAAAUUAUGAGGCGAGUGCUUCGGAAGAUUGCUCAGAACGACCAUGACCUGGGGGACAUAUCUACAGUGGCUGACCCAUCCGUUAUCAGUCACCUCUUCAACCACCGCUGCUUGACUAUUUAGUGGACAAGACUCUGUCCUUUACCUAGGGUUCCCCCACCUGGCUCUCCAGAGUCCUGCCUACCCCCCAGCUCCUAUCCAGGAGCACCGAAGUCUAGUGCUGCUCUAUACUUUGAUUCUGAGUGGAGAGUUUCCUGUGACUUCCAGAAAGAAGGGACAAGGCCCAGGCCAGCCCAGACCAAUACAGGCCCAGACUGCAAAGAGCUUUCCAUGCACAGAACAGAAGCCUGAAUGACACGUUCCCGAGCCAGCUUAGGUCAAGUGAGGGCCUUGACUGAAGCAGGGGACAGCUGUCUAGUCCUCAGUCAGUCCUCACAAUACUUACUUUGGGUAUAUAUUUGCCUUAGAAAUGACUACUUUAUGAGUCCAAGGAUAUUUUUUUUUAAUGUUGCUACUUCUGUUCCAACUCUGAAUUCCCUGACAGAUAGCCAUACUGGCUGCCCAUGUGCUCUCAGGGCUAUGCAGGUUGGUUUAGUCCUGAGUGUUUCCAGAUCAUUGGCUUCUUUGAAGGAGCACAUAUAUAUUGUUCCUAGGACCAGAGGAGCUUGUCUUGUCUUGCUUCCUCCCUCCGGUUCCCAGAGACAGAGCCCUGCCUAUGAGGGACACUCUCACAUGAACCUUUUUUUUUUCUUUCCCAAGUCAUGCUUAAGCCUCAUGGUUAGAGGAAUAAAGUCUGUGACUUUGAGAAGA